AGACCCAACUACAAGCAUGGACAUUCACUUCUUCUGAGAUUGUCUUGGUUCCUGGGCCUUCUUACAGCCUGCAGAAGGAGCCUCCCAGUCUCCCGGCAGCCAAGUAAACAGAAGUGGGACCCUAGCUUCUGACAUGGCUUCCCCUUGCUCUGGGGACCUCAGCCCCACUGGUCUGGCCCCGCCCCCUGUCACCACUCCAGGUCCGGCUGCGCCCCCCGCGCCGCGCUUCCCCGACAUCUAUGGCGGCGACGCGCAGCUCUGGGAGGCGCAUUUCCGCGGCAUCGGGCGCGCCUACCGCGCUUUGGGUAAAGAGGACGACUUCGCUAUCCGCGUGCUCACGGAGGACUUCACGCUACCUUUCCCGUUCGCCUGGCCGCCAGGCCCGGACCCAGCCACCGGGCCACUCUUCUACGACCCGCGGGACCGCGCGGGCUUCGACUUCCUGCUGCGCGGCCCCGGCGCGCCACCCCCAGCGCUGCUGCGACCCCUGCACGCUACGGCGCAGGCGGCCGAGCGCAAGCGGCGCCUGGAGCGCCUGGCGCUGAGCUAUGCGGGCGCCGGCCGGCCACCCGGCUUGGUGCUGCUGGCUCCGGCCACCGCCGCCUUCCCUCCCGAAGCUGGCCGUCCUGCUUGGCGCGCCCUCCCCCGCGACAGCGAAUAAAGCCUCUGCCUUUCCUGUC